AUGGCAUAGUGGUAACUUGUUAGUGAAGAUUUGCUUGAUUUCUCUGUUUCUGGAUCCAAAUGGAAUUAUAGAGACUCAUGUGAUUGGAAUAGUGGAACAAUGGGUGGAGGCGGAGGAGGAGGUGGAUCAGUUGGGUAAUGCUCUGAUAAUGAUAUAUAAUAUAUUUAUGUAGGUAGCUACAAUAUUAGAGCCUACUAUUCUGUUUUAAAUUUACCUCCCCAUUAUGAGGUCAAAAUCAUAGUGGAUGGUUAUUUUUUAGAUUCUUCUAAUAGUAACUUUUAUACUGUUGCUUAUGAUGUCUAAGGAUCAUCAACAUCUACUUAUUCACUAUAAUAUAAAGAUAGUACAUUAGGAACUUAUCAAUCAGUGUGUAAACCAUCAUGGAAUAACUUUGAAAUUUAAACAUUCAUAUUGACGUUUAAUCAUAAUGAUAAUAGUGAGGUUAGAUUUAGGGUGUGUGGAACUAAUUUUGGAAGUAGAAAUUAUGGUACAAGAGGGUUAUAAAUAUAUGUUAAUAAAUGUCAUUGGUCCUGUUUAAAAUGUAGUUCUAAUAGUGCUGGAAGUUGCUUAGCUUGCUUUACUAACCCAUCAGUAACUUUAGGAUCAGCUACUACUUGUGGUAAUUGUCCAGACAAUUAUUAAUUUAUUGAAUAUUUAGAUAAUGUUAAAAGUUGUGAGAUUGAAUGUCAUUAUUAUCGAAUUCCAGAUUCUAAUAAAGUAUGCUAAUUUAAUGAAAGUAUUUAAUUAAAUUAUAUUAGAUAUGCUUCCUUAUACAACACACUUUGAUACUACAACUUUUAGUUCUACAUCUCCUUGGGUCUUCGUUCCAGACCCUAUAAGUUAUAAUUUGCUUUUUUCUUAAAAGAUAAGCACAAUUCCUUGCUAAACUAGCAAAAACUAUGUUGGACCAUUUUCAUAUAAUGAAGGAUUUAGUUUAACCUUAUCCAUCCCUUAUAACAUAUCUUAUAUACGAUUUAGAGCUACAAUUAUAAAACUUAAUAAUUGGGCAGAUUAUUCAGCUGUUCAUGUAUUAUUAGAUGGUAUAGAAUUUGCAUCAGUCUACACUUUAACUUAGGUUCUUACAGGUCGAAAUGCUGAUAAAUUAUACACAGAUUCAAAUUGUACAAGUCCUACUGUAGGAUAUUAUAGAUUAGAGGCUAAAUUAAAAUCGAAUAUUACGAAUCCAAUUUUAACCUUAUAAGGAUCAAUGGAGUAUAUAUUAAUUAAUAAUCAACAGUACAUUUGGUUCAUAGUCUUGGGGUUUCAGAGAUGUUGUAAUGGAUAUUAUGAAAUGUCAAUAAUCAUGUAGUUGGUGUGAUUUUGAUUUAAAAUGCUAUUCUUGUUCAACAGGAUUUCUAUAUAAAAAUAGAUGUGUACCUAGUUGUCCUUCAUAUGGAAUUUAAACAACAGGAGUUUGUAAAGAUUUGGAUGAAGUAGUUGAAAGUAUAUUUUAUAUAUUAAAUUUUAGAUUCUAGAUAUGCGAUAAAAGCAUUUUACGAUUCAUCUAAUACAACAGACACAGAUGUAAGUACUAUUAUUGGAACAGUUUCAAAUGAUGCAGCUGAUUUUAAAACUACAGAUCGUUUUUUAGGAACUAAUAUUGAUAUUUAUUUUAGCUACUAUUUAGGGAAAAGAGUAUUGGGUGGUCCAUUAGUUUGGUACAAAGGGAGAUUUAAUAAACCUAUUGUUUCAAAUCCACAUUAUAGCAUUAGAUUCAAAUUUAUGUUAAUUUUCGGAGAUGAUUUUACUGGAAAUUUUUAGUAUACAAUAGGAGGAUUUUCAGCUACAUUAUCUAGAACUGGAUUACCAGAUGCAAGCCCAAAUGUUGGUAAAAACACUAAUGAUAAAUAUAUUUUGGUUGAUAGGACAGAACUACACACUGCAUUAAGUUUUACUGCAGACCUUAGAUGUAGUUCGACAACAGGUUAAAUAAAAGAUAGUUUUUGCCUUAUUUAUGAUUAUUUCAUUCUGAUUUUAGAAGUAAAUGAUAAAUAUUAAUUAGUGUACUUAAUAUUGUACUUCCUGUACUGGUCCUACAUGGGCAUAAUGUUCAGGUAAAUAAACAUUACCAGCUGGAAUGUCAUCACCUUCAACAUGCAUUAAUAAUUCUUACUAUUUAGAUGAAACUGUUACUCCUGCCGUUUGUCGUGCAUGUACUCCAAUUUAUUGUUAAGAAUGUUUAAAUUCCUAUAUAUGUACUAAAUGUGAUACCAAUUUCUAUUUAUAAAAUGGAAAUUGUCAAUGCUAUCCUUGGACAUAUUUAACAAAUACAAAUACAUGUGCAAACUGUCAUACUUAAUGUGAUUCUUGUUAUGGUCCUAAUUCUAAUCAAUGUUUGUCCUGUAAAAGUUCUUAACAUCGAUUUUUGAAUAAUAACUAAUGUGUUUGUUAAAGUAAUUACUAUGAUAAUGGAAUAAAUGAUAAGUGCUAAUCUAUUUGUGGAGAUAUGAUAGUAACUGAAGGAGAAGAUUGUGAUGAUGGUAACACAAUUAGGUUUGAUGGAUGUAAUAAUUGUAAAUAUGAAUGCUAAAAAGAAUGUUAAGUUUGUGUUAAUGGAUAAUGUUCAGUUUGUUCUGCUGGUUAUACUCUUUAGAAAACAAUGAAAAGAUGUUUUCCUACUUGUGGAAAUAAUUCUAUUGUUAGUGAAGAAUAAUGUGAAGAUAAUAAUCUAACUCCUUAUGAUGGUUGUUUUAAUUGUUAAUUUUAAUGUUAAUCCUAAUGCACAAAUUGCAUAUAUGGUAAAUGUUACGAAUGUAAUAAUUCAAUCGGUUAUUAUAUUAAUUUGACUAAUUUUAAAUGUGUUACUAUCUGUGGAGAUUUAAUUGUUGCAGGUGGAGAAAUGUGUGAUGAUGGAAACAAUAAUCCAUUUGAUGGAUGUAAUAGUUGUGCCUAUUCAUGCAACUCUUUUUGUGAUUUAUGCAUUAUGGGCAUUUGUACUAAAUGCAAAUAAGGAUUCUAAUUAUUAAAUAAAAAUGGUUAAUGCGCCCCUAUUUGUGGAGACAAAAUUGUCACAUACUCUGAAGAGUGUGAUGAUGGUAACUUAAUUAAUUAUGAUGGAUGUGAUUCAUGUGAUUUAACCUGUUAAGUAUAAUGUACAUCUUGCAUUUUUGGAAAUUGUUAUGAAUGCAAUACACCAAGUUAUUAAUUAAAUUAAAAACUCAAGAAGUGUACUCCAAUUUGUGGGGAUAAUGUUCUAUCUCCAUUAAAUGAAUAAUGUGACGAUGGUAACUAAACAUUUGAAGAUGGGUGCUUUUAGUGUAAAUAUGAAUGUUAAGCUGAAUGUUAAACCUGUGCAGCAGGUAUUUGUUAUAGUUGCUAAAAAAAUUAUUAUCUAAGCGCUGAAAAUAAAUGUCUACCUAUUUGUGGGGAUGGAGUUAUUUCUAAAUAUGAAUACUGUGAUGAUUACAACUUUGUUAUUGAAGAUGGAUGCUCAAACUGUGCUUUUUAAUGUGAAAAAUCUUGUAUUCAAUGUUUAUUUGGAAUUUGCCUAUCCUGUUAAAGUGGAUACUAUUUAAACUAAUCAAAAAGAAAAUGUUUUCCUAUUUGUGGGGACAACAUAAUUUUAGGGGAUGAACAAUGUGAUGUCGGUAUUAUUCAAUUUGAUGAUACUAUUAAAAAUAACACUGGAUGUAUUAGCUGCCAAUUAAAAUGUUCACCUUAAUGUGAAAUUUGUACAUAAGGUUUAUGCUUAAAAUGCAGAGAAUCUUUAGGAUGGUAUUUAGAUAAAAACACUUCCUCUUGUUACAGUCGUUGUGGAGAUUCAAUAAUUACUGAUUAUGAGUAAUGUGAGGAUUUAAACUCUUAAUUAAAUGAUGGAUGUGAUCAGUGCGUAUUUUCAUGCUAGGAUUAAUGUUCAAUAUGUCUUUUUGGAUUAUGUUAGAAAUGCAAAGCAGGAUAUACUUUAAUUAACAAAAAAUGCAUUUCAAUAUGUGGAGAUGGAAUAAUUGCUGGAAAUGAAGAAUGUGAUACAGGUUUAAUUACUUUUGAUGGAUUGGAAUGCGUAAAUUGUAAAUACAAAUGUUCAGAAGGCUGUAAUAAUUGUGUUUAAGGCAAGUGUUUGGAAUGUAAAAAUACAAUAGGAUGGUAUCAAAAUUUAAAUGCUUAAUGUGAAUCAAAAUGUGGCGAUUUAAUUGUCAGUGAAAAUGAAAAUUGUGAUACAAAUACACAAUCAUGUGAAAGUUGUAAUUUUGUUUGUGAUGAUAAUUGUGAUCAGUGUAAAUUUGGAAUUUGCUAAUCUUGUUAAAUAGGAUAUAAAUUAUUACUGAAUAAAUGUAUUAGUAUUUGUGGAGAUUCAAUUUUAACAAAUAUAGAAGAUUGUGAAAAUGAUGACAUCAUUCCUUUUGAUGGUUGUUAUUUAUGUAAUUUUCAAUGUUAAAGUGUAUGUUAAUAAUGUAUUAAUGGCGAAUGCACAUCUUGUGAUGAGAUUACUGGAUGGUAUCUCUAAAAUAAAAGAUGUGAAACAAAAUGUGGAGAUGGAAUAGUAGCAGGAUUAGAAGAAUGUGAUAUAAGUUUAGAUUUUGAUAAUGGAGAUUUUUCAAGAAACAAGUGUUUUAAUUGUCAAUUUUCAUGUGUUUCAAAUUGUAUCAAUUGUAAUAGAGGAAUAUGCAACCAAUGUUAAAAUGGCUUCGCUUUAAAUGAUUUAAAUGAAUGUGAAAGUAUUUGUGGAGACUAAAUUAAUUAAGAUCUUGAAGACUGUGAUGAUGAUAACUUGGAUGCAUUUGAUGGUUGUUUUUAAUGUCAAUAUGAUUGUUCUGCAGAAUGUUAGUAGUGUACAAAUGGAUAAUGUCAGUUGUGCUAAUAAGGUUUCUAUUUGGAUAAUACUAAUUGGUAAUGUAAAUCUAUUUGUGGAGAUAUGAAAGUCACUUAAUAUGAGGAGUGUGAUGAUGGUAAUGAUAUACCUUAUGAUGGAUGCUAUAAAUGCAAAUAUUCUUGUACAUAAGAUUGUGAUAAUUGUGUGAAAGGAGUUUGUUUAAGUUGUAAUUUAGGGUAUGUGCUCUCGUUUCCUAAAUGUACAUCUGAUUGUAGCAAUUUAAAUGAUGGAUAUAUUUAGGAUAAUUGUUAUAAAAAAGAAUGCUAAAAAGAAUGUUUAAUUUGCAUAAAUGGUUACUGCUUUUAGUGUUAAAAUGGAUGGUAUUGGAAUCAAGUAGAAUAUACUUGUGAAAGUAUGUGUGGAGAUGAAAUAAUAGUUGGAUUAGAAUAAUGUGAUAAAUCAUAAGUUUUAUAAAGGAAUGAGUCUUUUUGUAAUAGUUAUUGUUAAUUCGCAUGUCCAUAAUAUUGUACAACUUGUUCGUUUGGUAUUUGCCAUUAAUGUUAAAUGGGAUAUAAUUUGGUGGAAAAUGAAUGUUAGAAUCAAUGUGGUGAUGCUAUUAUAACAGAAAUAGAACAAUGUGAUGAUGGUAAUAAUGAAGCAUUUGAUGGAUGCUUUAAAUGUUCUUUUGAUUGUUAAAAAUAAUGUGCUUUAUGUAUUAAAGGAAAAUGUGAGAUGUGUUAAUAAGGUUAUGAAUUGAAUAAUGGAAGUUGUUCUCCAGUAUGUGGAGAUGGAAUUGUUACUAUAGAUGAAUAUUGUGAUGAUCUCAAUUCAAUAAAAUUUGAUGGUUGUAAUUAAUGUAAAUAUGAAUGUGAUUAGAACUGUAUUUUUUGUGAAUUUGGUAAAUGUAUAUUUUGUUCAAAUGGAUUUUAUUUGUAAGGUUAGAUAUGUUUAUCAAUUUGUGGAGAUGGUCUAAUAGUUGGAAAUGAGUAAUGCGAUGAUAGUAAUUUAAUUAAUGAAGAUGGAUGUUUUGAAUGCCAUUAUUCUUGUCAAUAAUAAUGUAUAAAUUGCUAAUAUGGAUCAUGUAUAUUAUGUGAUUAGGAAAAGGGCUGGCAUUUAACAUCUUAAGGAAAUUGUUAACCUAUUUGUGGAGAUUAAAUAAUAGCAGGAUUAGAAUAAUGUGACGAUGGUAAUGAAAUUAAUUUUGAUGGUUGUUAUGAAUGUGAAUUCAUAUGUUAAGAACCAUGUACAAAAUGUAUUAAUGGUUAAUGUUUUGAAUGUAAUACUCCAGGUUGGAGAUUAGAAAACUAUUUUUGUUGGGAAAUUUGUGGUGAUGCACUCAAAGUAGGAAUUGAAUAAUGUGACGAUGGAAACGAUGUGCCUUAUGAUGGAUGCUUUUAAUGUAAAACUUAAUGUGAAGAAGCUUGUACUGUUUGUUAGGAUGGAUAAUGUUUAUAAUGUACAUUUGGUUGGUAAUUAAAUGAUAAACACAGAUGUGGAACAAUUUGUGGAGAUAAUUAUGUUAUCCCUAAAUUUGAAGAUUGCGAUGAUGGUAAUCUAUUGCCAUUUGAUGGAUGUUAUGAAUGCAGUUAUUAGUGUGUUUAGUAUUGUACUGAUUGUAGAAAAGAUGUUUGUUAUGAAUGUAAUACACCUGGUUGGACUUAUGAUGAAAAAACUUAAUUAUGUGUUCCUAUUUGUGGAGAUGGAGAGGUUAAUGGAUAUGAAUAAUGUGAUGAUGGCAAUCUCAUCGAAAAUGAUGGAUGUAGUAAUACUUGUGAAUUUUAAUGUCAUCUUGCUUGUCUUAUUUGUGAUAAUGGUAAAUGUUUAGAAUGUGAUCACUAUUUGGGAUAUUUUAAAUAAAAUAAAUAAUGUUCAUCAGCAUGUGGAGAUGGGUUGUUUGAAUAGUACACUGAAUAGUGUGAUGAUGGAAAUCUUAUCAAUUAAGAUGGUUGUGACAAAAAUUGUAAAGUUGAACUCGAUUGGUAUUGUAAAAAUGAAGCCUUACAAAUUAGUAUAUGUAUCUAUAAAAAAUAACCAAAUAUUCAAUUAAAGCUAUUAUCAUAACAAGAAAAUGUAUCUGAAAUUGAAGUUACAUUCUCAACUUAAAUGAUGUUAUAAUCUAACUUUGUUUUAAUAGAAAAUGAAAACAAUUUUAUUACUAUAGAAUAAGCACUUUUCUUAGUCAGAGUAGAUGAAUUGACGAAUACAGAUUAUGAUUACAAAAUAGAACCUGUUGUUGGUGUUUCAGAUUUUCCUUAAGAUAUUAAAUAUAUCAUAAAGUUGAAUCUUCUAAAUAAUGUGUCAUUUGAUUAAAUCAGUGUUUUUGUUAUUGUCGAUAAAAGACUCAUUGUAACAGAAGAUUAUGUUGAUUUAGACUUAAACUCAGCACAUUUAAGAAUAGAAGUUCCUUUUAUACAAAGUGAUGUUUCUCAAACAGUUAUAGAACUAUUUUCAAACACCAAUGAAGUUUCUAUGUAUGUAGCAACAGGUGUUUCGCUGAUUAGUAUAUUUUCAUCAGGUUAUUCAAAUCUCUUUAUGACUCUUGAUACUAUUUAAUAUCUUUAUUACACUAGAUAUAUCAAUUUGGAUUUUCCUGAAAACUUACAAAAAAAUAUGGAUAAUUUAAAAAAAGCUUCUCCAAGUUAAUUUGUGUAAAAUAAACUAAGCUAAACGGCAUUACCUUAAAGCAUUAGUAUCUAACCUAACUAAACAGUUGAAGGAAUGCCUCAUAAAUUUAAAUAGGAUAAUUUAUAAUACUAAUUUUUUUCAAAUAUCAAAAUAACUCUAGUCUCUAUGUCAGCAGGUCUGAGUAUUUUCAUAACAACUUUAACAUUAUCCAAGUUGCUUCAUUUAAUUCCACCACAUAAACUAAAUGAUUUAGGUACUAUAAUUGGAGGAGGAAUUUUAAAAGUUCGAUAGAAAUGUACUAAGAUUUCUAAUGAUUUUGUUUACUCUGGUGCUAUUAGAUUAGUAACAAUAAAUUUUUAUGAAAUGCAAUUUGCUUCAUUAUUAUAACUAACUCAUAUUGAUUCCACUUCUUAUAGUGAUAUUGCCAAUUCAGGUGGUGCUGCUGCUACUUUAGCCUUUACUUUUGCAUUUACUAGCAUUCUUGUUCAUAGAAUAAGAUAGAUCUAAACUAAAUAAUCUUUCACCAUGAAACAUUCCAUUCGCACUCUAUUACAACAAGAUAAUAAAGAACUUUAAAAAUCAACGUGGUCAAUGCAAUAUAAUACAAUCUUGCUUAUGAAAAAAACCUUUUACAUGUUUACUAUUGUUUGUUUCUAAAAUUAAGGUCUUUAUUAAACUAUUGGUGUUGCUACAUAAGCAGCAGCAUUUGCUACAUAUAUGGCUGUAUCUGCACCAUUUUCAAAUAACGAAGAUUAAAUCAAAUAAAUGAUAACAGAAUUAGGAAUGCUUGCUAAUUCUCUAAGUUUUUGUACAUACUAUACACACCAAUACUUCUAAAUAUCAAAAGAGAGCUUAAAUUAAGUGGGAUGGUUUAAUAUAGGUAUUUUUACAACUGUAUUAACUUCUAACUUGGCAGUUGAUGUUAUUACUUAAAUGAAAGUUUUCUAUAAAAAAGCUAAGAAAUUGUUUAAUAAACUUAUAGAAUCUUAAAUGCCUUCAUAGUCAAGAGUCUAACCUAUUUUUGUCUGA